CAGUUUCCCUGUCUGUAAAAUGGGAUGGCAGACCUCCCUGCAGGCUAGUUUCUUGGUCCUGUUGAUGUUGCUCUCUGUCUCCCCACAGACAGAGGCCCGGGAGCGAUGGGCGACUGGGGCUUCCUCGAAAAGCUGCUGGACCAGGUCCAGGAACACUCGACUGUGGUAGGCAAGAUCUGGCUGACAGUGCUGUUCAUCUUCCGGAUCCUCAUCCUGGGCCUGGCUGGCGAGUCGGUAUGGGGCGACGAGCAGUCGGACUUCGAGUGUAACACGGCCCAGCCAGGAUGCACCAAUGUCUGCUACGACCAGGCCUUCCCCAUCUCCCACAUCCGCUACUGGGUGCUGCAGUUCCUCUUUGUCAGCACUCCCACCCUGGUCUACCUGGGCCAUGUCAUUUACCUGUCCCGGCGUGAGGAGCGGCUGCGGCAGAAGGAGGGGGAGCUACGUGCUCUGCCCGCCAAGGACCCCCAGGUGGAGCGGGCCCUGGCGGCCGUAGAGCGUCAGAUGGCCAAGAUCUCGGUGGCGGAGGACGGGCGCCUGCGGAUCCGCGGGGCGCUCAUGGGCACCUACUUGGCCAGCGUGCUGUGCAAGAGCGUGCUAGAGGCAGGCUUCCUCUACGGCCAGUGGCGCCUCUACGGCUGGACCAUGGAGCCCGUGUUCGUGUGCCAGCGUGCACCCUGCCCUUACCUCGUGGACUGCUUUGUCUCCCGCCCCACGGAGAAGACCAUCUUCAUCAUCUUCAUGCUGGUGGUCGGACUUAUCUCCCUGGUGCUCAACCUGCUGGAGCUGGUGCACCUGCUGUGCCGCUGCCUCAGCCGGGGGAUGAGGGCUAGGCGGGGCCAGGAGGCACCCCCAGCUCAGGGCUCUUCCUCGGACGCUUACACUGACCAGGUCUUCUUCUACCUCCCCAUGGGCGAGGGGCCCUCGUCCCCACCAUGCCCCACCUACAAUGGGCUGUCAUCCAGUGAGCAGAACUGGGCCAACCUGAACACAGAGGAGAGACUGGCUUCUUCCAGGCCCCCCCUCUUCUUGGACCCACCCCCUCAGAGUGGCCGAAAACUCCCCAGCCGCCCCAGCAGCUCUGCUUCCAAGAAACAGUAUGUGUAGGAGCCUGGGGCUUAUGUCAUCC